AUGAAAGUGCUUCACUACUGUAGCAUCGCCUUUGAGGUCGUCAAGAAGGUCCCCGUCCUUGGGAGAGUGGCGGAAGUGGCGACCUCCUCCCUGGCUGGCUGCUUCCGGGGCUUCAGCGGCGGCUGGGCCGCCAGUGGCCUGGAGAAGUGCCAGCGACCUUCCAAGCUCUUGAAGCUCUAUGAGUUCGAAGGCUGCCCUUUUUGCCGAAAUGUGCGAGAGACCAUUUCCGUCCUCGCCCUGGAUGUAGAGAUCUACCCCUGCCCUCGAUCGACUCUCAAAGCCUACGGCGUCGUCGAGAACUCGCGCUUCAGGGAGGAAGUCACGAAGUUGGGAGGCAAGCAGAUGUACCCCUUCCUCGUGGACGAGAACACGGGAGUUCGCAUGAACGAGUCUGCCAAGAUUACUGCCUACCUUUGGAAGACCUACGGAUCCGAGGCGACCGAGCCUUGGACCUACUGGCUGGGGCGGAAGCUGGCCUUUCCUCCCUUGACGCUUUCCUGCUGA